AUGGCCAUUGUUGGCAGUCGAUCCGUCGGCAAAUCUUCGCUGGCGGUGCAGUUCGUUGACGGACACUUUGUCGACAGCUACUAUCCCACCAUUGAGAACACUUUCAGCAAGACGAUUCGGUACAAAGGACAAGACUUUGCGACCGAGAUUGUCGAUACGGCAGGGCAGGACGAGUACAGCAUCCUCAACUCGAAGCACUUUAUCGGCAUCCACGGGUACAUGCUGGUCUACUCGGUCUCGUCCUUGCCGUCUUUUGAAAUGGUGCAGGUGAUUCGAGAAAAGAUACUCAACCAUUUGGGAACCGAGUCGGUGCCCAUUGUCAUUGUGGGCAACAAGAGCGACCUGCGGCCAGAGCAACGCCAAGUCAGUCCAGAGGAGGGCAAGAAGCUGUCGGCGAAGUUCCAAUGCGGUUGGACGGAGGCCAGUGCGCGCUACAACGAGAAUGUGGCCCGGGCGUUUGAGCUGCUGGUUGCGCAAAUUGAGACAUCACAGAACCCAGGGGAGGCGCCCGAGAAGAGCAAUUGCUCCAUCAUGUGA